AUGACGCUUAUCUCCGGCUGUACAACCGGUUCGCUGGGGCGGCGGUGGCAGUCACUGCUGCCGCUGCUGGUGGUGACUGUCGUGUGGCUGGACGCCGCGGCUGCCAGCGAGUUUCCUGAGCGCGAGUGCUGCGACUCCAUACCUCCACUGCCGGCCCAGUUCACUACACCGCCGGUGUCUGUGGCCACCGAAAAACCCAAGACGAGCAGCACUUCAACAACGACGACAGCCAAACCAACAGUGAUCAGCAUCCGAACGGCGUCGACGACCAUCAACUGCAAGCUGGCGAGAGAGUUGUGUGAGAAGGACCGCGUCUGCCAUUCCAUUACGGCCAUCAUCCCGCGACUCUGCGGACAGGAGCUAGUGUCGUGCUCGACGGUGACGGUGACCAAGUGUCGGGCGGCUCUGAGGACACUGGUGGCCUUCCAGUUCUUCCAGCCCACCUGUCUGUGCAAGGAGCAGCGCGUCGACCCCGAGUGUAACACCUACCGCAACCUGGUGUUCGACCACCCCUGCUUCGGAAUGCGCAGUCAGGAUAACGACCCGUACCCGGUCCACGCCCUGCCGACCUGCGACUACGCCCUGGACGCCUGCCGAAACCAGGAGCAGUGCGCGCCACUGUACGACAACUACUUGAAGGCGUGUCCGUUUGAGCUGGACGAGUGCCACAUGACGAACAGCUCUGCAUGUCUGGACGCCUGGAACCAGCUGAAAAUGAGCCCCGUUUUCGGAUGUAUGUGCACGAACGUUCAGGAAGAAAGUUGUGAGAAAAUCUAUGAGAAGGUACACAAAAACCCCUGCAUUGUUCGCACCUCCCGCGCCCCUUCCCCCGGCGCGCGCUAUACCGGUGUGUCCUCACGGACUGUUGUUACAGUGAGCGGCCUGGGAGGGGACGAGGUCACCCGACCACUAGCUGAACAUCAUCUGGUGGCUCCGCUGUACGAGGUAACCUCACAGCGACCCCGGUCAUCCGAUAUCGUAAGGACCCUCUAUGGGCCCGAUGAAGACGAGGAGCCAGAGAACCCCUUCGCUCCGCCCAAGCUGCCAGAGACGACCAAGGUUGAUCUGGUGACUGUGAGUUCGGUCGACCUGGAGUCGGCCGGGCCGGUGCUGCAGUCGUCCUGUCACACGGCGCUGGCCAACUGUCGCCGGGACCGCCGCUGCCGCCUUCUGCUGGAGCCCAUGUUGAACAGCUGCGCGGCCGACUCGUGCCACCGCCAGCAGUGUAUGAAGCACAUGCAGGAGUUCUACGACCAGUCAGACAGCGUGCUCGUCAUGGACGCCGCACUCUGCGUCUGCCGCCGGAGCGACGCGGGCGAGUCGGGCUGCGUGGCGGCCAUGCAGCGGCUGCACCCGUCGUGCGCCAGCCAGCCGGAGGGCGGCCGGCUGCCGUCGUGUCUGCGGGUGGCGCGCCACUGCCGCCGCCAGUGGGACGGCCGCUGCCGGCCGCGGCUCGAGCGCUACGAGCAGGCGUGCGCCGUGGACGUGGUGACGGCCCGCUGCGCCGGCCCCAGCGAGCACUGCCGGAGCGCACUGCUGGCCGUGCUCGGUACCGAGCUGCACAGCCACUGCGGCUGCCACGACGCGCCGGCGGCCGGCUCCACGCCCGGCCAGCACAGCUGCCACGACUGGGAGCGCCUCCUUUGGGCUAACCCCUGUGUCGUGGAGGCACAGCGAGAGUUCCACCGGCAGCGCUCUGUCCUUCUGGAGCCCAUACUCAAGGAGUACGGGGAGACGGUCGCCCCGAACGGCGGACCAGCCGAGUCGCCAUCGCAGAACCCCGCUCGUCGCGUGUCGGAUGUCACCAUCAUCACAACCACCACCACCACAACCACCACCACGCCAGCCACCGCAGCAACCACCACUACCACCACCACUGCUGCAACCACGUCAACCACCAGUGCUACCACCACCAGUACCACGACGGCGCCGCGCUGGCCGGGGGUGGUGAGGGGCGCCGCGCCGCCGCCGGUCCGUCCACCUCGCCCUACGAGUGCCGCACAGCCGCCGCUGCCGGCUCAUUGCGUCUCCCGCCGGGAGGGCAGGCCACUGGAGAGGAUACCGGUCGGCUCCGGAAUCAGGUAUAACCGUCUGGAAGAUGACCCGGACGACCCGUACCGGGACGAGGAGGACUGCUCGGAGCUGUGCAUGUGCCACGGCCGCGGCCGGCUCGUCUGUAACGUGCUCGACUGUCUGGAGAAGCGCGAGUGUCAGUCGUCACUGGCGCUGUACCACCACGGCACGGCCGGCCUGGUGCCCUACCGAGAGGGAUGCGUCUGCCACCAUGGGGACUUUAUCUGCAUGAGACCGCCCGCAGAUGAGUACACUCUGCCUUUCGGAGUGUUCCUCUUUCUGGGUUACAGCAGAAAAGAGGAGGAGAUUCUGCACCCGUACACGCAUAAAACGGUCAAAGACCACACUAUCACAGAACUGAAGAUGCUCCUUUUGAACACCAUGCGAGAGAUGGGCAGAGACUUCCAGGAGUGGCCGUGUAAGCUGUCCAUUCACCAGCGCUUCGAGUCGACAGAGAACAUCAUAGUUCAGGCGAAACUGGAGGAAGUCGAGAAAAUGUAUAAUCAGAGUCUCAGUCAUGACCUCUUGAAAAGGGAAAAGGAUAAGUGCACCGGUCCCCUGAGGGACAUCAGCUACAUGAUCAACAAUCGCGAGCGUUCCAUUGUGUCGCAUCCUCUCCUCUCCGUCUUCAAGAUGGCUGACGUGGAUGUCACCACGCCCGACACGUCAGCAGCGGGGCCGUCGCCUCAGUCAGCUGCUGUCCUGCUGCUAUUGGCCACACUGCUGGCUAUGGGACCCCCAGCGUGACGUCAUCAAGGCAGAGAGUGGCCGACGGCCGGACCUGUUGUGGCUCAACCUUGGUGCCGAGCUGGAUGGUUACGCGAGUGAAUGAAGUCUAGUGUAGCUACAAUCGCUGAUCGAGAAACAGUAAAUCUGCUGCAUAACGGGCUUCUCGGCAUUCCUGGGAAAUGCAGUAGCAUAGUGUUCUGAUUCUAGAUACAAUACCGGGAAGUGGCAGAGCCCUGAAGAUUUUUGUGACAAUAUUUGUCGCUUCUAUUUUGAGGCUGAUGGCCACAGCUGGCUGUGAAUUGUUUAGAUACAGAACUCGAUGCUGAGUAGCCAGUGUUACCGUAAGCACUGACCGUGAAGCAGCGACUCGCGGGGGUCGGGGAUCUGGCAGCACCGCGCAAAGCCGGGAGGGCCAGAUCUGGCAGCACCCCUGCGAAGCUGGACUGCAGUGGCAGCGAUAAGCAAUACAAGUGCGAGGCGUCCCGGCUAGGCAGCCGGCGACGGUGUAAACGAUAUCAUGGCUAUCAGUGAAGAAUCAGAUAGUUUGGAGUGUGUGUGCGAUGUGAGACGUUGUAUAGGCGUUUAAGGGGUGUGAUGUGUCAUCAGCUGCACAUUGUGUGGUGUUGAGAGCUAGGCCCGUCUGCUCCUGUCUCAGUUCCUGGGGUCGAAGGAAGAAGAGCUAUACCGAAUGAUAUUGCUUCGAUGGUUGCAUCAUUCCGUUUUCUCGUUCAAUUAUUUGCUGCAGACGGCCAUGGCCUUCGAUGACCUGCUGGCUUUAUUACAUAUAUCCUCGUAAGGUCAUAUUUUGACCCUCUUUACACCCAGGUAGCCAUGUUGCACUUUUCUCGCACCCAGGCAACCGUGCUAUGUCCUUCUCUUCACCCAAGGUUCCUUGUUAUACUCCUCUCUACUGUCUACCGUCUACACUGAGACAACCAUGCCACUACCUUCUCCACACAUCCGGAUGCCCAAACACACACUGUGUCCUCUGCAACACUCAUCACUCUGAACAGCUCGUCUGCGAGAGUGAGAAACGCUAUUCCAUGUGAUUUGAGCUGAUGAGUGUGGUUAAUGCUUGAAGCGUGUCCGUUCCGUGGACUGUUGUGCAUCAGCGUCAGGCUUGUUAAGUGUUAUGAUUACUUAGCAACAUGUGUUACAUGUCUAUGUAAGGUACGCUCUCGCAGCUUAGAUCUGACUUGAGUUUUAUGGGCGAAAUACUGUCUAUAUCCCGCGACUGCUGUUAUAGCUGGCAGGUUAAACCAUCCGCUUUCUCAAUAUCGCGCGAGCGAGUCGCUAGCCUAGUGUUAUGACAGAAAGAUGCCGUAUUCACACAAGUAGAAGGAAAAUGCACUGAUAACAGCGGUACUAAUGAUUUACGUUGUGGCAUAGAUAACAUGAAUCUAUGCUAUCCAUGAUUCAUGUUAUCUGUGGUUGUUGCAAUGCCAGUUUGUUUCUCGAAACCUUUUUCUAGUUAGUUUUGUCUGUAUGUAUAGUAAUCAUUCUUUUACAAUAACCAUUCGUGCAUGUUUUAAUCAUCUUUAGUUGUAAUCUACAAAAAGGCACUAUAUGUAGAAAAAUACUAGCAAGGUCGCUAACUUUAUCAACUGUCAUUACCUUUAUGUGAAAUCGCUUAGUGCAUGGUGUUUACUUACAUGUUUGCGCUAGGUGAUGGUAUACCGUAAUUCCUAAGGUUACAGGCGACCUUAACGACAUAUCAUGACUGGUAAUCAGUUGUUCAAUCUGUAUCGUCGAAAGUAAACAUAUCAGCGAUGACAAUCUUCUAUUAGAUCUGUUC